AUGCCGCUCCCGGCGUUCCUGGCGGCGGCGGCGAGGCUCGCCGUCCUGGUGGCCGCUGCCGUGACGGCGGCCAACGCGGCCUCCUUCGCGCGGUACCGGCGCCGGCACCUCCGCCACAUCCCCAACCCCAUCGACGAGUCCGCCGACCCCAUCGCCGACUUCCGCGCCCUCCCCUCCAACUCCGCCGCCGCCCCCGCCGCCGAGGAGGCCGCAGAAGAUGGCAAUUUCUUCUUUGGGCUAGCGACCGCGCUGGCGCAUGUCGAGGACAGGUUGGAAGAUGCUUGGCUUCAGUUUGCAGUCGAGCAUUCCUGCGAUGACAAGGAGGCCAUGUGUGACCAUAAGACAGCAGACGCGGUGAUGGCAUCGGCUGCAGGGGACGGAGGCGCUCAGUUGGCUUCUAGGUCUAGAGGGGACGAAAAGGCUGGCGAUGGAGAGAAGAGGAAGCCUCUUAAGGUUGCCAUGGAGGCGAUGCUCAGGGGGUUUGAAAUGUUUGUCGAGGGUGGUGAAUCUGGUUCUGGCGAUAAUUGCAGCCACAACGUCGCAGCUUGGCACAAUGUUCCUUGCCCGCAAGAAAGGCUUAAAUUUUGGUCUGAUCCCGAUACUGAGUUGAAACUUGCUAAGGAAACUGGGAUCAGUGUUUUCCGCCUGGGGAUUGAUUGGACAAGGGUAAUGCCUAAGGAACCAACUGAAGAGUUGAAGAGUUCAUUUUGGCUGUGCAGGCUUGUUGUUGAUCGUGUAUCUGAUUUGGUGGACUACUGGGUGGUUUUUAAUGAACCUCAUGUGUUUGUAAUGCUGACCUAUUGUGCUGGUGCUUGGCCUGGUGGAGACCCUAAUGCAAUUGAAGUAGCAACAUCUGCUUUACCGACUGGUGUAUAUAACCAAGCAUUACAUUGGAUGGCCAUUGCACAUGCAGAAGCCUAUGACUACAUACAUUCAGAAAGUGCGUUAAAAAAAAACAUACAUUCAGAAAGCAUAUGUGAUAAAUUGGAUUUUAUUGGCAUCAACUACUAUGGGCAGUUUAAUGAACGAUACAAGAGCUUGAAUAUACCUUUUAUAAUUACUGAAAAUGGAGUUUCUGACGAGACUGAUCUGAUUCGGAAACCAUAUAUUCUGGAGCACCUGUUAGCCAUUUAUGCUGCAAUCAUUAUGGGUGUGCCUGUGCUUGGUUAUCUAUUCUGGACGAUGUCAGAUAAUUGGGAAUGGGCAGAUGGCUAUGGUCCCAAGUUUGGGCUUGUAGCUGUUGGUCGUGCUAAUAACCUAGCACGGAAACCUAGGCCUUCAUACUAUUUAUUCUCCAAGGUUGUUAGAACUGGGAAAAUUACAAGACAGGACAGGCUGGGUGCUUGGAGGGAGCUGCAACAAGCAGCAUUUCAGAAGAAAACACGCCCAUUUUUCAGGGCUGUAGAUAAACAUGGUCGGAUGUAUGCAGGGGGUUUAGAUCGGCCUAUCCAGAGAUCAUUCAUAUUGCGGGAUUGGCGAUUUGGUCAUUAUGAAAUGGAAGGCUUGCAGGAUCCUUUCAGUCACUUUAUAAGAUCCAUUUUUUCACCAAUUUUGCGCAAGAAGAAGAUUCAUUACAUUGAGUAUGAGGAUAUUUCUUAUGCUAUUUCUCCCUGA